UGUAGCUUGCCACGGUACUACGGCGUCACGGAGCCACACCUACGAGUUUCUCGAUAUUUUCAACCCUUUCAGGACAGUGAGCUUUCUGCCAAGUUUGGGCCGAUGGAGAGCUACGAGGAGGACGACGACACCCAUUUCUGCAUCAAGUGUCACCUAACGAUACACGGCCUCGAGAAUUACGUGCGCCAUCGUCAAUCGGGAUGCCGUCCACCUGACGACAAGAACGUGUGGGUCUCGCCCACGACGCCCGCUUCCCCCACCACCGUCUCCUACCCCGAGAUACUGAACGCGGACGCGUUCUUCAGCUCGUUGGAGCUGCAGAGCAGCUCGAAGACGAAUCCCCGGAAGGCGCCCUCGUCGUUGCUCGACGAGGGUAAAAAGUCGAUUAGGAAGGAGGAGAGGAGGAGGAGGGGCCAGAGGGGGGGCCAGGUGGACGGGGAGGAGGCGAAGGAGAAGCAGCACAUUCACAACAUGCUGCCACAGGUCCCGGUUCUCGUCGACGACCCGACCGACUAUCUCUGCAUCCCGUCCCUCGUCGGCUUCCCCGACAUCGUCCCCCCGAAACCGGCGGCCGCGACCCACAACGUGGGCCGUAACAAGUUGACCCAACCGAUGGGCCACGUGGCCCAUACGGGUGGCAUGGUCGAGGGUGGAGGGGGUGGAGGGGGGGCAUUCGUCGCUGGGGCAACCGCAGCAACCGCCCCAUCCACCUCCUCCUCCUCCUCGUCGAAGACUCACCACGAGGCGGAAAACUCUUUGGUGGAGGGCCUGAUGGCGUCCCACCACGUGGAGGGGGCGAAGGGGCAGGCGGGGGACAGGAAGAGGCAGCAGGAGGAGCCGCAGAGCAGGAUGGAGCAGGUUCAUCAAACGUGGCUCGAGGACACGAUAUUGGCCGAGUUGGUCGCCAACAACGAGGCAUCGAGCAAAGAUUUGGCCAGGUACGGGUUCGGGUAUCAACAGGAGGAGGACGAGGACGACGAUAUAUUGGAGGAGGAUUUGGGGGAGGAGGAGGAGGAGGAUGGCUCGUACACGGAGUCGGAGGAGGAUAGGGAGCGUUCAUUGCGCGGUCACACCGGUGGCAAAUGGAAGCCGGAAUUGGACGAUCUCCCUCAAAAUAUGUCUCAACUUCAGGAGGAGGACGAAGACGAGCAGCAUCAAGAACAUCCGCCGCCGUCUCACACCGGCGGCAAGUGGCGGCCCUCGGACCCAUCAACCCAGAGGGGGGGGCAGGAGGAGUACGGGGCCAAGGGCAGCAACCACGCGGGACAACAACCACCGCCUGGGCACACGCGAGGGAAGUGGAUACCGGGCGCGAGGGCGGAUAUCGGGUCGGGUUAUUGGUGCAACCCUUGCGGCAGGAAACUCGCCUCCCGACUGGUGUACAACAGGCACCUCCGCUCCGAUUUGCACGCCAGAAGGAGCGUCCGAGAGAUGGACGGCGUUCUUUGCCUGCCGCGCGCCGGCAACCCCCACGUCGCCAAGAGAUCUCGCCAUCAAGUCGAUCGACAGAGAGGACAAGGGAGGGGACAAACGGGGGUCGAGGCGAAGGUUGGCGUUAAGAAAAGUUUGCGGAGACGGGAGAAGGAGAUACUUUGCUGCGAGAUGUGCCACGCGAGGGUGAGAAGGGCGCAAAUGGGCAAGCAUUUGCUCUCCCAUUAUCACUGCCGCGUGGCGGGCGUAAAUCCUCGCGGGCCACGGGCCCGCCGCUUUCUACUCGAAAAUAUGGCCAAUGUGGUUCGCCAGUGCCCCUUCCAGUGCUUCUCCUGCCGCUUUUAUUGCAACACCGAGGACACGUUCCUCCGCCAUUGGAGGUCCGAGCUUCACGCCAAAACCCUCGAGCAGAUAAGCGGCAGCUACAGAUGCACCCCGUGCGACUUUUGGUGCGAGGAAAACGAGGCUAUGGAGUGCCAUCUGCUCGACCCGAGCCACCGAGACGUGGUCUCGAUGAUGAACGGCUCGGUGCCGAUCAUGAUAGGGCGGCAACGGGGCCUGCCGUGCGCCGGUUGCGACCGCCGGUUCCGUUACAAUUUGCAGCUUCGUAUACACGCGAAGGAGACGGGCCACGAGGAGAGUUUGACGGCGAGCGACGAGUAUCAGCAGCGGAUGAAGUGCAAGCUGUGCCCGCGGGUAGUGAGGUCGUUGGUGGCGCUUCAACGCCAUCAACUGUCCUGCCACGCGGCGAAGACGGCGAAGGGGGGCGGCGAGGGCGACACGGCGCCCUAUUUCUGCUCGUUCUGCUCGAUGAACUUCGCCACUGCGAGGGAGGCUGUUCUCCAUCGAAGGACGUCCAGCCACAAAGAGGUGGUGAAGGCUCGGAAGAGUAACGGGGGCGCGACGGCGGCCGCCACGAUCGGUCGACAGUGCCCCCAUUGCGAGGAGAGACAGGCGAAUUUGUCGGACCACAAGAGCCAUCUUCUCGAUCGUCAUCCCGAGCUUUGUUACAGAUGUCCGAGGUGCGGCACGCUUUUCGCCCUGUCCCAAGACGUGACCAGGCACACGAGGGAGAACAAGUGCCAGGAGGAGGAGGACGAGGGGACGAAGGCGAAGGGUGGCGAGGGGUGGAGGUGCGGGGAGUGCAGUUUCUCGACCGAUUCCCGGUCGGAGUUCAUCUUCCACGAGGCCCUUCACGCGGGCCCCGUGAAUCAUCCGUCAGGGGCGCCUGAGAGAGCGGGGCCCGCCAAACCGUUGGCCAAGUACUCCUGCCCCGUGUGCAAGAGGGCGUUCGCCAAAGUGUCGUUGCGGAAUCACAUCAGGAGUCACACGGGGGAGAGGCCGUUUCCUUGCGCCAAAUGUCUGGCCCCCUUCUCGAGGAGAUCCGACCUGAACGCCCAUCAGAAGGAGUGCACGGGGUCGUCCUCGGCCGGAUGGCCGGAUGGCGGGUCGUCCGGGAGGAAGCGCGGUUUCGCCUGCUCCGAGUGCAACAACGCUUUCUACACGAAGCACUCGCUAAGGCAGCACAUGCUUCGACACGCUGGGAAGAAGUACAAGUGCGGGCUUCCGGGAUGCCCGACCGUGCUUCGCACAGCGUCCGAGCUGAGAUCGCACGUGAGCUUGGUUCACGACGCUACGCCGUCCACCAGACGUUACAAAUGCUCGGAUUGCACUUACGCGGCCAAGACGAGGACCCAGCUUCGACGCCACCGUGCACGCCACGACGGAGCGGAGAACGCCACGAAAUCGGAUCUUCGCCCCUGUCCAUACACUGGAUGCGCUUUUCGUACUAAGAUCGCUUCUCAUUUGCAACGACACGUGCGCCUCCAUACGGGCACUAAGCCGUACAAGUGCCGCCAUUGCUCUUACGCGAGCAACAAUUUGGAGAAUCUUAGGAAACACGUAUUGUCGACGAAUCUGCAUCCAGGCAAGACGAUUUACGAAUGCGACGUUUGCCAAGGGAACAAUCCGGAACCAUUUCGAACGAAUUUCGCGAAAGAACUUCGCGCACAUUUGUUGGAAGUGCACAGUGACACGUUUUCUACGCCUGGCCACGCGAACGACUACGUUAUCGGGAUUUUUAAAGUCCAUCGGAGCACGGAUUUCGUCGACGAGCCGAAUUAAUCGGUUUCGAUCGUUUCGCUUUCCCGAUGGAACGUUGAAAAUUUACGACGGCACGUGCGUCUUAAAAUUGGUAAAAGGCGACCCGCAACGGUUCACUUCGGCACACCGCGGCAACAUCUUUCAAAUAUAUCUUUCGGAUCGACGAUUGCUCGCGGGAGUAUCGUUGAAUUAUCCCCGAUGCACCCGGCAUAGCGCACGGAUGCGCGUUAGUUCUGGACGUUGGUGGCGUUGUUGUUGUUCUCUCUCGUUGUUCGCGAUCGUGCGAACCGGUAGGCCUGUACCACGCCAGGAAAUAGUUAAAGUGAUGUACGGUCACGUGGCACGAUACGUAAGCACUUUAGACGCGUAUACGAUCGAAUCUUUAUAUCCCUUCGAGUUUUGAGAUAUUAUGAGAAUCGUUCGAGUUCAUCCGCCAUAAAUUAUCAUGGAUAUAUAGCCGUAACCCGCAUUUACGUUCUAAUUGGUUUCGUAAGUUGAAAAAGACGUAUAUCGAAAUGAACGUGAAGUAUAUAAAUACAUAGAUACGAAUUUAAAAAAUAUAUCUAUAUAGUUAUGAAAUGAUUUUGAAUUUGAUUUAAAUUUUAUCUACAUUCUUUGAUCAAAGCAGAAGUCGUAAAUCGAAAGAAACAUCAAGUUGGACACGAAGAACAUAUAUAAAGAUACGAAUUUAAUUUUAUCUUUAUCUCUCGUAGAAAUAGCUUUCAGCUGAAUUAAAAAUGGUUUUGUAAAUAAAAUUUCGUAUAUAUACAAUUAUUACACGUGGAUAACUUUAUACGAUACUUAUUACAAUUUGAUACGAAUCAAAAAUAUGAAAAAAGAUAUUAUUGAUAAAAACGACGUAAGUAAAAUACGACUUAGAUCAGGUUAGGUUUCGUUCUUAAGCGAUCAAACUACUUCCAAAUGUCACUGUUUCGACAUUAUU